UGCAACAUUAAUGUCUAUGGGAACCAACCUAUUCCGUAAACAACCACUGCUCGUUGGCGUUCAACCCCUUUGGUGGUGAUCGUCACAUAUCUGGGCUCAGAACAGCCGUGAAAAUGUCUAGCCCAUACGCGUCUAGCCCAUGUUAUUCAUCAGAUGACGAUCAUUCUAGUAAAGGAACCCCUGAUCGAGUAUUCAAGGAGCCUGAAUAUCCUGUGGUAAUUGUAGAUCAGAAAUAUUGUUCCAACUAUCCUAUGGAGUUAACGUUUGAAAAGAAUGGCAAGGUGGAAGACAAGUUCAAAAUCAGUGACGAAGAGGGAAAUGUUAUAUUUAAAGCAAGUAAGAAGAAGAGUGGCAAACGCAUUAUGGUAGACGAGACAGACGCACCAGUCAUUUCCUUCACAACAAAGCAUAUCACCAUGCAUAGAAGACGUCAAGCCUACAAGGGAGAUCCCCAUGAGCACCAUAGGCUUUUCACCGUCAAGAAGACAAGAGGCUUCAAAUCACUCCGAUAUGAUGUAUUCAUGACAUCCAAUAUGACUGAAAGCACAUUCAAUUAUAGAGUUUAUGACAAUUUUAAAGAUGGAACUUCCAUCAUAAUGGCUCAAGAUAAAUCUACAAUUCUUGCCAAGCUACAUACUGAAGUUACACACAAAAAAGAAGUGAAAGCCGAAGAAAAGUAUUCGGUGUCUUUGUCUCCAAACGUUGAUAAAGCUUUUGUCUCAGCACUCCUAAUUAUUCGAGAAGAGCAUAUCAAAGGUCAGAAAACCCAUAAUUUCAGGGGAACAGGUGCUUCAAAUAGACAACCUCUUGCUGCAAAUAGCCAACCUCUUGCUGCAAACGUAGUGAGUUUGAACGGACGUUCAAAGCACAAGGCAGACACAUGUACUACUACCACUACACUGUCAUGUUCAACAUUAGUAGUGAUCCCAUCAUCAGAUGUCAUUGAGAUACUAAAGAAUCACAAUGCAAAAAUUAAAAUGGGAGUUGGAAUGCAAAAGGAGGAAAAAGGAGGAAAAAGGAGCUAA